CUGGGCGGGUGGCGCCUGCGUGAGGGGGCAGAGGCGGGGUGGAGGCGUUGGCGCUGCCACGUCUGGGCCGCGGUUCCCGACCGUGGAGCGGGCGGUGGAGAAGGAGGUGGGGCUGGCGCUGAAGCCGGAUCCGGAUCUGGUGCUGUGCACCCUGGUGGGGGAGAGUCCGACGCACCCGGUUAGGAGCGCCGACUGCGGGGCCUCUACGGUCCCUGUACCCAGAACAGUGCCUGAUUCAUGAAUUAAAGAACUUACUAGAAAGAUGAAACCUGAUGAAACUCCAAUGUUUGACCCAAGUCUACUCAAAGAAGUGGACUGGAGUCAGAAUACAGCUACAUUUUCUCCAGCCAUUUCCCCAACACAUCCUGGAGAAGGCUUGGUUUUGAGGCCUCUUUGUACUGCUGAUUUAAAUCGAGGUUUUUUUAAGGUAUUGGGUCAGCUAACAGAGACUGGAGUUGUCAGCCCUGAACAAUUUAUGAAAUCUUUUGAGCAUAUGAAAAAAUCUGGGGAUUAUUAUGUUACAGUUGUAGAAGAUGUGACUCUAGGACAGAUUGUUGCUACAGCAACUCUGAUAAUAGAACAUAAAUUCAUCCAUUCCUGUGCUAAGAGAGGAAGAGUAGAAGAUGUUGUCGUUAGUGAUGAAUGCAGAGGAAAGCAGCUUGGCAAAUUGUUAUUAUCAACCCUUACUUUGCUCAGCAAGAAACUGAACUGUUACAAGAUUACCCUUGAAUGUCUACCACAAAAUGUUGGUUUCUAUAAAAAGUUUGGAUAUACUGUAUCUGAAGAAAACUACAUGUGUCGGAGGUUUCUCAAGUAAACGGGUCUUAUAAGAAAAUUGUCAAAGGAGCUAGUGCUACAAGGCUACACUCUUCGUAGAGUUGAAAUGUUUUGUUGCUGCAGCCGAGUGACCUCCAUAAAUACUUGUAAUACUACAAGUGUAAUGACAUUUAGAAGAUUACUUUGGGCUGGUGGGACAUGCUGUGAAUUUAAAUUACAAAUGAAUAUUAUAAAGGGGAUGAUUUUUAACCAAAGGAAUAUAUUUUUAACUUGAAUUUUCUUGCAUUGUAUUUUUCUAAAAGUUUGGCUUCAUUUCUUGGUAGUCAAGAAUAUGGGUAAUAAGGAGUUAUAUGUCUGCUAUGUGUGUUGCUCAUAAAAAAAAGUAUAUAU